AUGGUUGAGGCAGAGGCGCAGAAGGAAUCAGAGGCAGCGGCGCAGCAGAAGGAGGAGGGUGCGGCGCCGAAGAUGGUUGAGGCAGAGGCGCAGAAGGAAUCAGAGGCAGCGGCGCAGCAGAAGGAGGAGGGUGCGGCGCCGAAGAUGGUUGAGGCAGAGGCGCAGAAGGAAUCAGAGGCAGCGGCACAGCAGAAGGAGGAGGGUGCGGCGCCGAAGAUGGUUGAGGCAGAGGCGCACAAGGAAUCAGAGGCAGUGGCGAGGCAGAAGGAGGAGGGUGCGGCGCCGAAGAUGGUUGAGGCAGAGGCGCACAAGGAAUCAGAGGCAGCGGCGAGGCAGAAGGAUAAGGCAGCGGCGCUACAUAUGGAGGAGGCAGACGCACAUAAGGAAGGAGAGGCUCGGAAUAAGGCAGAAGCAGCGGCGCGGCAGAAGGCGGAGGCAGAGGAGCAGAAACAGGCUGCGGAAGAGGCACUACAACUGGCUCGGGCAGAAGCGCGGAAGAAGGGUGUUGUAGAGGCGCGGCAGAAGGCGGAGGAAGAGGAGCAGAAUGAGGAGGAUACGGUACAUCCGGCAGUCCGGAUAUUUUUGGGAGGAAGUCCGACGCGGGGACCAGGAAGCAGGGUAGAGGGGCCAUGGAGGGUGGCAGACGAUGGGGCGCCUAGGGAUACAGUGGAUCUCAACAGCCAGAGGCGGCCUACCCUUCACCAGAGAGCAGUGGAGAGGGAUCUCGGCCAAGGCGGGGUGGCAAAAGCGUUUUGGCAGGUUCGCCAGUCGGGAGGGGGGAUGGCGGAGGGCACGUUAAAGGGGGUGGAAGAGAGGUUGAGAGAGGUUCUGAGAGAAGACUCUGAGCGGCGGAACAGGGAUAGACUGCAGGACGAGGAGCGGAGGCAGAAGGCCACGAGGAAGGAAGCAGACGCCGCAGAGAGACGGAAGAAGGAACAACAGCAGGAGGAAGAGCGUCGGCAGAAGGAGAUGAGAGAGGGAAUGAAGGAGAUGAAGGAGGUGACGAUGAAGGACAUGAAGGCAGAAAUGAAGGAGAUGAAGGAUGGGAUGGUAAACCAGAUUGUGGGGAGGUUGAGCGCGGUUUUGCGAGAAGAAUUCGAGCGGCAGAAGAAGGCGAGGCAAGAGGACGCGGAGCGGCGACAACAGCAGGACGCGAAGAGGAAACAAGUGGCGGACGACGAGGAGAGACAGAAGAAGAAACAACUGGACGAGCAAUGGCGGAAGGAGGAGGAGGAGAAGAGGAAGGAUGUAGAGGCCACAGAGCGGCGGAGGAAGAAGAAACAUCAGGAGGAAGAGCGACGGCAGAAGGAAGUGGAGGCGGGAAUGAAGGAAGUGAUGGAGGCUGUGAAGGAGAUGAAGACGGGGAUGAAGGGGUGGAAGGAGGGGAUGCUAAGUGAGGUGGAAAAGCGGCUGUCAGUAGUUCUGAGAUUGGACGCAGAGCUACGGCAAAAGGAGGAGCAGGGUAGGAAGGCAACGGAGGGAGAUCGGCGACAGAAGGAGGAUGCGCAGAGGAAGGAGGCUGAGGAGGACGAUCGGGAGGAAAGGGAGAAACAACAGGAGAAGGAGCACCAGCGAAAUGAGGAGGCGCAGAGGAAGGAGGCAGAGGAAGCAGAGCGGGUGGAGAGGGAGAAACAGCAGGCAAUGGCGCGCCUGCAGAAGGAGGAGGCGCAGCGGAAAGAUGCAGAGGAGGCCGAGAGGCAGGAGAGGGAAAAACAGCAGGAGAUGGCACGCCUGCAGAAGGAGGAGAGGCAGAGGAAGGAGGCAGAGGAGGUAGAGCGGCGUCAGAGGGCGAAACAACAGGAAUUGGACCGCCUGCAGAAGGAGGAGGCGCAGAAGAAGGAGGCAGAGGAGGCCGAGCGGCAGCAGCGGGCGAAACAGCAGGAGAUGGAGUGCCUGCAGAAGGAGGAGGCGCAGAAGAAGGAGGCAGAGGAGGCCGAACGGCAGCAGCGAGCGAAACAGCAGGAGAUGGAGCGCCUGCAGAAGGAGGAGGCGCAGAAGGAGGCAGAGGAGGCCGAGCGGCAGCAGCGGGCGAAACAGUAG